UGUUUCUUGGUGAUCCAUCGAGCGAACAGAACCCGCACUCUCACGCGCCCUGCAUUGACGAACGAGCGCAGAUGCCUUGGCGGAUGUGGUCGCCCAACCAAAGAAAGGCCCUCCGUCACCAAGCUUCAGCCGUUCGCCGACGCGGACACUGUAUUGGUCACGGCCCAGACCUGCCGCCGUGUGCAGGAGCUGCUGCUGCUGUGCGACGUGCCCACCGCCUGUGUCUGACCUGCACUUCGUCACAAUCGGGAUAAAACAGUUCUAGGCACGACAGCAGCACGUUCUAGGUCCACAUGAAGUACGAAGUAGCAGCGGCCAUUUUUGACCACGAUUAUUAGGUUGCUACGCCGCAGCUGAGGAGUGCCCUGUUUUUGUUUUUCUCCCCUUGUUCCCUGCGAGCCAGCCCGCCGUGCCUGGCUGGCUUGAUAUGACGGCCGGUCAACGGGUCCCCGCUUGAAAGAGGUUCAUUUCCUCUUUCCGAGAUCUAAUUCUGGCUGAUGAAUCAGAGAGGGACGUCGGGCCCAGAGCUCGGGCCUUGGGCACGGCACCCCGUCGACAGCAAAAGUCAUCGGCCAAUGCGUCCCGUCCCUCAUCUCACUCUCUCCUUGCUCGUGACAGCUCAAAUUGCUGUCGAUGAUUUGAAUGUCUUGGUCUAGCACUGCGGCACGUUCCGUGUCUUGGGCUCUUGGGCCACCGAACCAGCAUCAAUAGUCUGUGACGACGUGCGGGCUGCUUGCUGAUGCUGCGAGGGAGGAAGCGCCAGCGACCAGCAUCACCGAUGCUGGCGUGCGUGGAUUUGACUCUGGGAGUGAGUAACUAGCAGUACGCACUUGUUGGAUGUUGGGAUGCCGUUGGGUUGGACGGCAAACGGCGUCGCCGCUGGCCGGGUAGGCCAUCUGGCGGCGUGGCGGCGCGGCCGGGCUGCUUGCUGACCGCCACGGCGACCGUGGAGCAGCACACAACAAAUCCCUCCUACGCGGACGGUCCACGGGCGGCGAGUGCCUCGGCCGGCACGCCGUGGGAUCCGCCGCCAGUCCCGUGAUUUACGGGCCGUCGCGCCCACGAUGCCGCGGCGUGGCUGCGAACCGAAGGAUGGAACUCUCCGGCGCCGCAUCCCAAAGAACUCUUCUAUCCCGGCAUUGAGUUUUGACCCAUUGAGAGCAUGCUCCAGCUCGCUCGGUUUGGCCUGUCGGAAGCCUCGGCCGCGGGUUCACUUCACCAAGCGGGGCUGACUAAUGUCGUCAUUGAUGCUUGGCAUAUGUAUACUGUAUGUAUAUGCUUUGGAACUGCCGAGCUCGUCGAGCUUCACGGCGCAACGACGAAAAGGUCACACACGCAACGCAUUGCAGAGUGAAUGAGAUCAUAGCCACAGACUCACCGCCCCCCCCCAUACCAUUCGACACACUCGCAGACAUGGCGACGAUGAAGGCAAUUGACAUCAAGGGCGGCAAGGGCGAGCGCGAUGCGCUCUUCAUGAACGCCGAGACGCCUCGGCCGACGCCCGGCCAGGGCCAGGCGCUCGUCAAGAUCAAGGCCUUCGGCAUCAACCGCAUGGACAUCAUCCAGCGGCGCGGCAACUACCCACUGCCGCCGCAGGCGCCCAAGACGCUCGGCGUCGAGUUCAGCGGCGUCGUCGAGGCCUUCGGCCCAGGCGAGCACGGCGUCUUCCGGCAGGGCGACGAGGUUCUCGGCCUGGCAUACGGCGGCGCCUACGCCGAGUACAUCGCCGUCAGCUCCAAGAUGCUCAUCCACAAGCCCCAUGCCCUGAGCUGGGAGCAGGCGGCCGCCGUGCCCGAGACGUGGAUCACUGCCACCCAGGCCCUGCACAAGGUGCUGGGCUUCGCGCGCGGCAAGUCGAUCCUCUGGCACGCCGGCGCCUCGGGCGUCUCCAUCGCCGGCAUCCAGCUGUCCCGCCUGGCGGGCGCGUCGGCCAUCUAUGCCACGGCCGGCACAGACGACAAGUGCCGCUUCAUCACGGACACGCUCGGCGCCACCGCCGCCUUCAACUACAAGACGGGCAACUGGGCCGACGGCAUCAAGGAGGCCACCAGCGGGAAGGGCGUCGACUUCAUCGUCGAUUUCGUCGGCGGCAGCUACUUUCAGCAGAACCAGGACGCCGCCGCGCGCGACUGCCGCAUCGUUCUGCUCGGCACCCUGGGCGGUGGCAAGGUUCCCGACGCCGACAUCUCGCAGAUUCUCUUCAAGCGCAUCCGCAUCGAGGGGUCGACGCUGCGCAGCCGCGACGAGGACUACCAGGGCGAGCUGCGAGACAAGCUCGAGACGUACCUACCUGACUUCGAGUCCGGCAAGCUUAAGAUCAUCCUCGACAAGGUGUUGCCAUGGGACCAGAUACAGGAGGCACACAAGUACAUGGAGGAAGCCAAGAACUCGGGAAAGAUUGUCUGCACCGUUUCCUGAACGGUAGGUGUGCGCAACACCUGUGGUAUCUUUUCGGCCCAAGGGCGAUGAUGAACGAUAACAUGAAACGAAUCAAUCAUGAAAACCAUCGUUACGUUAUGCAACGUUGCUCCCUCCCGUCAAUAGCC